GGAAAGUUUACAAUGCCCAUCCAAAGAGUGCCUUCAGCCGCGCCGGACGCUUCUUCGAGCAUUGCAGGCAGUCAAAGCCGCAUCAUUCAACUCGUCAUCGAGGCCAUUAGAAAUGCAAAUCUUGACAGGCGGCGUGCAGCGCCAAACGGAAAAAAGACUCGCAGAACCCCCGCCCUCGCCAUCGACCUCAGUUUCCAAGGGAUGCAGACUAUCCCUGACACCGUCAUCGAAUUGACCAACGGCGACCUAGAACGAUCGCUAGAGACAUUAGAUCUCGGGUACAAUAAACUGAGAGUUGUCCCUGAACAGAUUGCUCAUCUUUCAUCGCUCAAAGUGCUCUCCAUUCCGCACAACCUCGUCACAAAACUGCCGUUCGGCAUCGGCAGUAUGAACUCAUUAAGAAGCCUAAAGAUUGACAGGAAUCCUCUCGAGUUUCCCCCGCCAGAGAUACUUCGAUCCCUGGAUGAGAAAGAUGCGACAGAUACCUUCGUGGCCGAGCAGAUCAAACGAUUCCUCAGACAGCACGAACACAUUCAACGCACAAACUCCACAGGGGAAACCAGUCUGGUCGAUGCGGCAAACACCAUUGCCAGGUGUUUGCCCGAUUUGCAUAAAGUUCUUUUGACCCUCGGAAGCUCAACUCGACAGACACUCACCAUUAAAUCACCCCUGGAAAGAAUUGUCGAACGCACUGGCAUAUGCUUACGGGAAGUACAACUGUUCGUUCAAUUUGCAGUGGAAGAGGACUCGGAAGAUGCUAGGCUUGGUCUUCCAAGAGCUUGCAAGACACUCUUGGAAGCCUGCUCGCGAAUAUGCUCGGAAAUCCUGAACAACACCGAUCUAAUUGUCGACAAGGUGGGAGCCCACAAAGUCCGGGGGCUGCUGGGUCUCAUGCACCGAACGUGCAUGGAACUACGGCUUGUGGUGAUCGCGAGGAGCUUUGUUGAACCGAAAACCCCUGAGAGCACUUCAUCAACAAACGGCCUUGUCACUAGAAGACUGGCGUCUCGUCAAGUAGCUACAGGUGGCAUGAGGGCCUCAUCACUUCCCCUGGACGACGGUCUGCCGACGGCCAUUCUGACACGGGACCCAGAAUCUCUCAAGGCGAAAGCUUCGGCCCCUUCCGACGGGGACGUAUCAUUCAACGCACUGUCACACUCUCUACAAGAAGCAUGUGGUCUUGUCCUGGCAACCAUACCUCUGCUGAGCGACCAGAUCUUGGCCAGUUGGAGCAAGGACACGGCACGCAAGCCCGGACCUCGGCCAGUGAGACUGUGGGAAACUCUACUUACCACCUGCUCGAGUAACCGGCAGAAGGCUGUACUUUUAAGAACCUGCCUGAACUCCCUCUCUACCAGAGAUCUGGCGACAAGAGACCAGCCACUGCUCGUCGACUCUGCUUCUCAGUUGAUAAGCAGCUGGACCCAACUUGGCGGGCACCUGAUAACGCUGAGAGACGCACUGCGUCUCUCGGCUGACGUCAAACGCUGUCUCCGCAUCAUACAGACGACCAUGAAAAAGUGUGCGCAUCUGCUUCGCCUCUGGACGGAAAGAUCCGCGAGCAAGCAGCCUCUCGAACAGGAAGCGUGA